GACAAACAAGGUGCCUGGUCGAUUUGAGGGUGUGGUGGAUACACGUUGCUCUGGCGAGGACGAGGACCCCGAGAGACCGUUACUCUACGGCUCUUCGUGCAACGGUUGCGAUCCUGUUCGUUUGCUUGGCUUUGUUGCUUAUUCCAAAAGUUUAAUCUCAUUCCCGGCUGGGCAAAACAAGCAUUUGCGUCCAGGGCCGUGUAGCCCGAAGCGUGUCGGCAACGAUGUCGUCUCAAGCACGAGAGACUCUUCAUCACCGCGGUCGGUAUCAAGAUGACAGCUAUCAACCAGAAGGGGAUGAUGGCGGUCACGACGUAUCAUCGUCUCGUCCUUCGACAACCACUGGUCUCCGCUCGUUCCUCCCGCCGCUCAACUUCAUUACUCUUCACUACGCCUACUUCAUCGGCACGACCCUCCUCGCCUCGGCCGUCUUUUACGCCUCAUCGAACCCACACGGUAACAUCGGCUAUGUCGACUCGCUCUUCCUCGUCAUCUCCGCCAUGACAGAAGCGGGGCUUAACACUGUCAACCUCAGCGAGAUGACCGUGUGGCAGCAGGUUAUGCUGUGGCUGCUCAUCAUUGUCGGGAGCUCCAUCUGGGUCUCCAUCUGGACGGUCCUGGCGAGGAAACACGUUUUCGAAAAGAGCCUCCGGGAGGCUGUCAAGAGCGAGAAAGAGAGAAGAGAUCAGCACGAUCAGUUGCCUAUCUUCCACGACGGCGGCGCUGCAUUGAGAGGCAAAGCGGAGGUGAGGGUGACCGGGGUGAGGGACACAGGGUGUUCGACCCAGGCUCGAACCAUGGGCAACCACAUCACCGUCGACACGUCAGAGAACCCCACCCGACACUCAACGUCCUCAUCGUCUUCGAGCAUCAAACCUGCUCGUCCUUGGCUGUCGUUCUUCAGCUCUGCCAAGGAAGGGCGCAACUCCCAGUUCCACUCCCUCACGGCAUCCGAACGCUCCCGUCUAGGCGGCUACGAAUACCGCGCCCUCCGCCUGCUGUCCGUCGUCGUGCCGUUGUACUCGAUCCUCUGGCAGGUUCUCGGCAGCCUUGCCCUCGGAGCAUGGAUCGCGAACAAUAUGCCCUCCGUCGCGACAUCCAACGGCGCAAACCCCUGGUGGGCCGGCAUCUUCUUCGCCGUAUCGGCCUUCAACAACUCAGGCAUGUCGCUUCUCGACGCCAACAUGGUGCCCUUCCAGCAGGCGUACUUUGUGCUCAUCACCAUGGGCCUGCUGAUCCUGGCGGGCAACACGGCGUACCCUCUGUUUCUCAGACUCAUUUUCUGGUCUGCCUUGAGGGUGUUGCGGCUCGCUACCGCGGAAGAGGCAUACGUGGAACUGAAGUGCACGUUGGAGUUUAUCCUCAAGUACCCCCGACGGGUGUACACCAAUCUGUUCCCAUCGAGGCCAACAUGGUGGCUGUGCUUCAUGGUGGUCAUGACGAAUGGCAUCGACUGGAUGGCCUUUGAAGUUCUCAACAUCGGCAACCCAGUUAUCGAGGCAAUCCCGGUUGGAGCAAGAGUGCUUGAUGGUCUGUUCCAAGCCUUGGCUGUUCGAUCUGGUGGCUUCUAUGUCAUCCCGAUCGCCUCCGCAUACCCCGGGUUGCAGGUCUUAUAUGUCAUUAUGAUGUACAUUUCCGUCUACCCCGUCGUGAUAACCAUGCGCCACUCCAACGUUUACGAAGAACGUUCUCUAGGCAUUUAUGCCGAUGACGAGGCUCACCCUUCCAACACCUACCCCGCCGACGAAAGGAAGCACUCAAAGAGCACCGGGUUUCUCGCUCAGUUGUUAAGAGACAACCUCAGCUUCGCAGGCGUCGGCGCGGCUAAACCCAAGAGCAGCGCCGACAGGUUCGAGUCGCGCACGAGCUUCGUCAGCCAGCAGAUCCGCGGGCAGCUCGCCCAUGACCUGUGGCUCCUCACGCUUGCCGUGCUCGUCAUCGUCACCAUCGAGACCUCGCACUUCCUCGCGGACCCGGUGCACUUUUCCGUCUUCAACGUCGUUUUCGAGGUGGUCUCCGGCUACGGGUGCGUCGGCAUCUCCGUCGGGCUGCCCAAGGAUGCCAUGAGCUUUGCCGGAGGCUGGCAUGCGGGGAGCAAGUUGGUGCUGUGCCUGGUCAUGUUGAGAGGACGCCACAGAGGUCUUCCUGUCGCCCUGGAUCGGGCUGUGAGGCUGCCUGGGCAGAGGCUGUUGGAGGAUGAAGAAGAGGACUGGAGGUUGAGACAAGUUAGAACUGGCCGCUGAAUAGGUGGUAGACCCUAUUUGUUUUCCUUUGAUGUUAGAAAGUCAUGCAUGCCAGCAACUUCCCAAAUGUAGCCGGCCAGACACAACCAAAUGUCACUUUUAGUGUAUUUAUUCCACGCAGCAAACUGCCCCUUUCCCAGGUCCAGCUUUUCCUUGCCUCCCACAUCAAACUUUCUCAACCUUUAGGUAUCGUGUCGUUCGAUGGAUAUUCUUCCAACACACAAGAAUCCAUUAAUCCAUAACAGAAUGGGGCCGUUCAAAAGAGCAUCCUUUAUUGUACAG